CUGAAAAACCGCUGCGCAGCUGGGAGAGCGGAGCUUCACAGGCAGCCGCUCCGGGAGCGGGGAGCUGGAGUUCCUCCCGCUGUUGCCUUUUGCUUUGGUUUUCCUGCAGGUGAAAAAAUCCCCCGAUGUAAAAAUCAGAAAGCAAACAGCGCGGGAUCGGGGCUGGGGGUAGGGAUCGGAGCUUCGAGAGCUGGCGCUCCCUCAGCCAGGCUUUUGCAACGCUGCGCAGCGCCGUGGGUGCCAUCCGAGGCGAGGGCAGAGCUCGGACAAGGGUCGCAACCACCCGUUCAGAAAUGGAAAAGAUGAGCAGAUGAAAUAUUUGUUACGGUGGGGAAGGACAGAACUGGAGAAGCGUGCAGAAUUACCCUCGUCGUAGGGCCUAACGCUCGACAGCACCGGCUCGCUCUCGCAAGAACGGAUCAGCCUCUUGUACGUUCUAGCAUUCCGCCCGUCGGACCCUUGGUUUUGCAAGCGAGGAAACCGAGGCGCAGGGAGGAGACUCGCUUCACGUACGGCUUCUACGUUCGGCCCUUUGCCACCCAGCUGCGGGUUUGCAAUUGCCCUCGUUCGCGGCAGGGACUGAGCAAAAGUUGCUCCUUUCUUUUUGAAAACGACUCUCAGGGUCGUCCUGAAAGGGGAAUUCCACUUCCUUAGUACACGGGCAGGGUGCAGCCCUAGCCCUAGGGCUUGCAGGAAGGUCCGCUGGCUUCGGCAGCCCUUGGGCACGGGCAUAAUUGCAAGAAAAGAAGGUCCUGAAGAGGCCACCUGCUCACCCCCGCCCCAUUCCAAAGAGGAAUCUUGAUUUUUUUUAACUGUUUGCACAACUUGAUGUUAAAGCCCCCAGCAAGGCCACCCAUCGCUUUCCGUGGGCAGUCCAUUCCACCGUCAGCCCUUCUGCGUUACCGAGUUGCUCUGACCCCCAGUCAUGCAGUUAAUCCCAGUUAAUUUGUCUCCCUUCCCAGUGCCGCUCUCUGGUUAAGCGUUUGAGGAUUAUUCCUCACGCCUCUCCCCGGCCUUCUCCAGACUAAACAAACCCGUUUCCUUCCAUCUGUCCUUGCAGGUCGUGUUUUUCCUACACCUCUGCUCAUUCUCACUGCUCUCCCCUGGACUCCCUCCAGCUCCUCGCAGAACUGGACAUUAAUAUCUAAGAGAAUUAUUUCCCAUGUCUGGCAAACAGCUCUCCUGUUUACACAUUCCACAGGGGUGUUUGCCUUUUUUUUUCCCCACUCUGUUGCAAGAACAUGACUUUUUUUGACUCCUGCUAUGCUUCACCGCAACCCCUAAUUUCCUUCUGAAAGCCCUUAGGAAUUGCACCAGAUUAAGGAUGGAGCUGCUCCCCCUGCUAGGACUGAACUCUGGCUCCAAGUCCUGCUUCCAGACCAAGCGUCAGGCUUUUCUCUGGAAUAUCCAGUAGCCAAUAUCCCUUGACCCAGGAGAUGAGCAACAAGAAAACGAGCACUCCACAGACCUGCAAGCCUUUUUUGAUGCCAAAAACCUCCAGAUAUAAGCUCCCCGAUCGACACCUGGGUAGCAGAGGUAGGCGAGCAUCUGUUCGGCUCACCUAGCAGCCCUGCCGCACCGGAGCUGCCCGUCAUGCCGAGCAACAGCCGCCCGCGCAGUUGAAAAAGCCUUGGAAGUUACAGCGAGCGUCCCAGGAGUUGCGGAGUCAAACGUUGGCUUUGUGUCCUAGCCCUGGGCAGGAACAGGGGAGAACGCCAGCUUCUGAAACAAGCCAGGCCCAGCACUCUGCAAGGGAACUCGGAACAGCUGGCAGCGACGGACGGGGCGUGAUGUUGGAUCUGGCUCGGAUUCGCCUCCUGAGACCGAAGGCUGUGAGAGCGAGAGAGAACAGCAACGCCGUCUUCCAGCUGUGGGAACCAAAGCAGCAAAAACACAAGGCUAGACACCAGGGAACGGCCCUCCGUGCGAGGAGGAACAGCCCGCGUUAUCUAAAACUACAUUUCUGUGGGACACAGACGCAAGAACUUCCCUGAUCUCGGCGUAAAGAUACUGAGCUUUACAGCGGUUCUAAUUUGUGCCGGUUCCCAUAAUCCCUGGAAAACAGUUUCAGGGGUGCCCGUUUGACACCACAGCCAACAUGAACGUGGGAACAGCACACAGCGAGGUGAAUCCCAACACCCGUGUCAUGAACAGCCGGGGCAUCUGGUUGUCCUACGUCCUUGGAAUUGGCCUGCUGCACGUCGUACUCCUGAGCAUCCCCUUCUUCAGCGUCCCUGUGGUUUGGACUCUUACCAACAUCAUUCACAACAUGAGUAUGUACAUCUUCCUACAUACCGUGAAAGGAACCCCCUUCGAGACGCCGGACCAGGGGAAGGCUCGGCUGCUGACGCACUGGGAGCAGAUGGACUACGGCGUGCAGUUCACGGCGUCGCGCAAGUUCCUGACCAUCACGCCCAUUGUCCUGUAUUUUCUAACCAGCUUUUACACAAAGUACGACCGGAUACACUUCAUAAUCAACACCAUCUCCCUCAUGAGCGUCUUGAUCCCCAAACUGCCUCAGUUUCAUGGAGUCCGGAUCUUUGGGAUCAACAAGUACUGAACUGCGUGGCUGGAGCAAAUUGAAGAGGAGGAGCAGGGGAAAAGGGGGAAGUUCCUUCUCUCUAGUCCUGCUUCUUCACCCCCACGCACACUGGGAUACAAUUUCACAGCGGCUGUUUAAAUGCAGAAUCCAAUAGACAUAUACCGCAUGCUGGAUCCUCAUGCCCAAUAAAUCUAAACAAGCUCCAGAGUAGAGUUUAGUGCGGAGCAGGAUGCAUGACGCUGGAUUUCUUUUAUUCCAGCAUCAGAAAUAGAUGCAGAUACACUGAGACUUCAAGGUACAAAGAGGAUGAAUUCUGGGGAGACUUUCAUCUCGCCCAGACAUUGAAUGAUGAGAAUAGGGAUGGGAGGAAAAGCUUUUAGUGCUGGUACUAUUGCUGUGGUAAAUGCACUUUAAAAUAUAUUUCCCUUUCUGAAGCUAGGUGCUUUAAGUGAUAUUUGGGGAAAAUUCAAAGGGAUAAAAGCCAGACUUCCCCAAUAUUUGAUUGUUUCAGGGUUUGAGUUCCAUUUUUGGGCGGGGGAGCGGGAGGGGGAAGAGAAUGACAUUUUUAUUUUGCAAUCUUUUAUGCCACUGAGGAAGGAAGUUCUUGUACUAAAAACAGUACAGGAAGGAGCAGCCUGCAAUUUGACAAAGUUUUCAGUUUUUUACGGUACCAUUCACGUGGUUCAGGGAAAAGGUCAAUAGAUCCUAAGUCGUACUUGUUCUUUUCAGCUUAUACCGGAAUCUGCCUGGGUAACUCUGCUCCCCACCCCAAAGUGCUGAUGUUUAAGCGCACUCUGAGCGCUCAGGCAGUACAGCAUUUGGAUUAAGGGCCAGGGUGCAGGUCAUUUUAAUGAUUGAUAACAAAUGCCACUGAGCUACUUGGUACACUGAGACUGCACAAGCACGGAGAAGCUGCAGACUGAUCGGUGUAGGCCAAGCAAGAGAUGGACGGCUGCUUGCUCUAAUCAGUUAGUGACUAUAAUGGGAAUUUUUCUCCUCAGUCCAGCUCCUCUGUCUCUUAAGCCUGUGUACGUGUUACUGGGAUUUGUCAGUGGACUUAACUCAGUACCUGACUCAAGGCAAGCAAGCAUUUGAUUUCUUGCUUACCUGCAAGUCCAUCACUCGCAACCGCUGCGGCAGCAUCCCCUGGGUCACUGAGGAUAAGAGAUUAUUUAGUAUAGGAACAAAAUUGAGCCUUUACCCCCCCCUCCCCCCGUAAAGUUACCACCUAAAUAAAGUAGGUUUGCAGGUUUAGAUUUCCUGGCUGCGAUAGCUUUCUACUGUUCAAAGCAAUUGGUUUUUCUUUUGGGUUGUGUGUCAGAUGAAAUGUGGUUUUCCUCACGCUUCCCCUGUAAACUCAUGAAAGCCUGUAUUUUUGUCGUCUUAGUGCUUAUAUUGUCUCACACUUUUGACAAUGGUAUAAACAUUUUAAAUGUGCUAUUUUUGUUCCCGCCUUAGCCAAUUCUAGCUUUAGAGGUCGUAGUGGAUAUUGUUGAGUUCUGUUUGACAGUCUGAGCAUAGGACAUGGAUAAGGGAAUUUCAGGUUUGCAUAUAAGAUCUAGUACUGCUCCAUGCAUAAUUUUAGGCAAGCUGCUUUACUGCUCUAUCUCAGACUUACUAUCAGACCGCUGCAGAGAAAGGAAAAAAACCCAUUUAGCGUACCUCAGAGGGAUGCUGGAAUGCAUAGAGAAUCAUUACCUGAUAUGUUUGAAAAGUGGAAAUAUUUUAAGCAAAAAGGAAGUUUUCAAGAACGUAGAAAGAGAAAGGAGUCUGGCUUGAUACCAGAGUGCUGUUCUCCAGAGAGGGAGUUUGACAGACGUGCAGUUUACUUGAUGGGGAGGUUAAACCUUUUAACCCCCAUGACAUAAGGACUGCUGCUUUAGUUAAGGUACCAUAUACCCUAAAGCAAAUAUACUCUUUAAGCUACUAGACAAUGACUUUUGGAAAAAAAAAAAAAA